AUGGAUGACUCUUCCACUACGCAGCCAGAAGGAACCCUGGACGAAAAACAAGGAGUACCUAGAAGCGAUCCUACAGGAACGGUGUUGGAUUCAGACAAUGAGGAUAUCGCUCGGUCCAAGAAAGAGGAAGCGGUUCGAAAAGCAUGCGAUUUACGUGAUUUAGAUGCUCUCGUCUCGUAUGCGACCUCUGAGGGCGGUCUCUUGAACGAUGACCUCAGGCGAUUAGCCUGGCCCAUUUUUCUUCGAAGCGACAGAGAUGUACAAGAUUCAGAUUUCGCAUCUUGGGAACACCUGCCUUCGCAUGGAGAUGAAGACCAGGUCCAACUGGACGUAAACCGGUCGUUUGUGUACUAUCCUCAAUGCGCUGAGGAUGAACUGUUGCUGAAGAAGGAUGAAUUGUCAAUUCUCAUCAGGGGAGUACUUCGGAAAUACCCGAUGCUUUGUUACUUCCAGGGGUACCAUGAUAUCGUGCAAGUACUACUUCUGGUUCUUGGUGAAAAGGAGGCAGCCCCAGCUGUGACCAAUAUCUCCUUAUUCCGAAUUAGGGACUAUAUGCUGCCGUCUCUCUCCCCUGCGCUGAAGCAUUUGCAGCUUAUCCCCGCGAUUAUCGAGAAAGCUGAUCCGGCGUUGCGGGAGCACCUCGGAGGCAUAAAACCAUUCUUUGCCCUUGCAGCAACACUCACAUUGUAUGCCCAUGAUAUCCAGGAGUACAGCGACAUUGCACGACUGUUUGACUUCCUCUUGGCUACGGAGCCUGUCGUGUCUAUCUACCUCUUCGCAGCGAUCAUACUCUCACGCAAGAAGGAGCUGCUGGAGAUUCCUGCAGACGAACCUGAGAUGUUGCACUUUACUCUUUCAAAAUUACCACAGCCUCUAGAUCUGGAUAGCCUCAUAUCGAGCGCUAUGCAACUGUUUAAUGAUUACCCACCUGAGUCUUUGCCUUUCGGGGCUUGGAAGAGGAUCUCUCAGCACAGUGUGCUAAAAUCUUCGCGGGACCCAUUCAAUAAGCAAACCAGAGACGAAGCGAUACGACUGCUCGAGAAACAAGUACGACAACUGCAUAACGAGGAACUAAGAGAAAAGGCCCUCACCUUCUUGUGGCAUCACAGGAGGACGGUCGGGUCGGUGGCAGUCGCCAUCUUCAUCGGAGUCAUGUCUAUCUGGAUCCGAAAGAAAGGGUUCGAUACGCCCCUAUGGUCGUAUUUCGCUGGAUUGAAAACGAAUCUUCGCAAGUGGCUUCCUAUGAUUUCGAUGUGA